CCCGGUCCUAUAACGCCGCAUCUCUCUUUCCUCCUCUCCACUGGCGGCUUAAGCGACGCGUAACCCACACCCCGUGCUCCUCUCCCAAACCAAAGGCGCUUUUUUGCUUUGCUAUGCGGAACCAAGAGCCAUGAAAAUGCUUCGAUUCCGGAGUCCGAGCGUCUCCUCCCUCGCGCAGGAGGUCCAGUGCACGGUUCGGCUGCUCGACGACUCCGAAAUCUCGUGCAGCAUCCAGAGAGACACUAAAGGGCAGUUUCUCUUGGAUCACGUGUGUAAUCAGUACAGCCUGCUGGAGAAAGAUUACUUUGGCAUCAGAUAUGUGGACCCAGAGAAACAAAGGCAUUGGUUGGACCCGAGCAAACCAGUCGUGAAACAGAUGAAAUGUCAGCAGCCGUACACUAUGUGCUUCAGGGUGAAGUUCUACCCUCAGGAACCAAUCAAGAUCAAGGAAGAGCUGACAAGGUAUCUUCUGUACCUGCAGUUGAAGAGAGACGUGUACCACGGUAGGCUGUUAUGUCCAUUCGCUGAUGCUGCGUAUCUUGGAGCCUGUAUUGUACAGGCUGAGCUUGGGGACUACGAUUCUGAGGAACAUCCUGCAGACUACAUCAGCGACUUCAAGCUCUUCCCCAAACAGUCCCUCAAACUAGAGCGCAAGAUCGUGGAGAUCCACCAGAAUGAGCUAAGGGGUCAGUGUCCUUCUCUCGCUGAGUUAAAUCUUCUUCAGAGGGCUAACACACUGGACACAUAUGGAGUCGACCCACAUCCCUGCAAGGAUUUCACAGGAUCCACAGCCUUCCUGGGAUUCACUGCAAGAGGGUUUGUGGUUUUCCAGGGAAAUAAGCGGAUCCACCUUUUAAAAUGGGCAGAUGUCAGCAAGUUUAAGUUUGAAGGGAAAACGUUUUAUGUGAUUGGAGUGCAAAGAGAGAAGAAACUGGUUCUGACAUUCCACACAUCCACACCAGCAGCCUGCAAACACCUGUGGAAAUGUGCCGUGGAAAACCAGGCUUUUUACAAAUGUGCAAAGUCCAGUCAGAUCAAGACUGUGUCCAGCAGCAGUAUAUUUUUCAAGGGAAGCAGAUUUCGCUACAGUGGUCGGGUGGCUAAAGAAGUCAUUGAAGCCAGUUCAAAGAUUCAGAGAGAUCCUCCUGUUGUACACAGGUCUCAGUUUGGUCAAAGCAGAAGCUUUUCUUCACUCAGUCAUAAACAGCUGAUAAUGAACAUGGAGCCUCUCCUACCAGCAUUGAGCUCCAGCAGGGAAAACAGAGACUCCUCCGCUAACAACGGUAACACACCUGCAUACAUAUACACAUUAACAGUGCACCUUUCUCCCCUGUAA